UGAGUGGAGUUUUUUGUUUGUCUGUCUUGUCUUUUGUUUGUCCCUGUGUGUGUUUUAUAUUGUGUAUCAUGUCUGAUCCUGAGUUGGACUGUCUCCUGAAGGAGAUGAGUGACGUUGUCGAUGAGGCUGAACAUCAGGCUCACCUCCAAAACCUCCAACAGCUCAUUAGCCAGUCAGCAGAACCAUCCACCAGUCAUCCAUCAAACAGCAAGCAAGACGUUAGGUGGAAUAAGAGGGACAGUGAUGGAAACAUUAUUUACGGCAGGCCCAGAUCAUCCCGCAAACAAGCAGGUCCCAGUCACAGCCAGAGUCGGAAGACUGGUGUCUCUAAUGUCAGGGCUCCGGACACCAGUGGGGAAGUGACCAGUGACUUUCCUUCUGUUACUGCGGAGUCCUUCCUUCAAGAGCUUAAACGCUCACUGGGUGAGGACAUACAUGAGGAUGAAACGCCACCUCAAGCCUCAACAGACUGGUCGACCCGAAAGAGCCUCAUAUCAGGGUGGUGGGAGAAAGAGAGACCCCGUCUGGUCAACACCAUGGUGGCUGGACAACAUGCGGCAACUCGGAUCUGCCAACACUGUGGAAACGGUCCAGCCGUUAUCCGUUGUUGUGACUGCCGACCACACCCAUUCCUCUGUGGCCAGUGUGAUGUCAGGGUCCACCGAGGUCAAGUGUUCCACAACAGGGAUUCAAUGACACAUGGAUUUUUUCAUCCAUUGCCUCCCACAACUUGUGUUGUGGAGAGGUCGAUGAAGCCGUCAAAGCGUCUUGUACCUUUGGAGAUGCCAGAGACAAUAUGUGGUUGUCUACGAGGAUCGUCCACUGUCAACGCAGGACAGUCCAUAGUUGUGGUUACAAUGAAUGGGCGAUAUGAUCUCAGAUUGCCUCAGACCAGAUGCAAGGCAUGUGAAGCCACUUGGAGUCCUGGAGUGGAUGACCUGAUCCGCAAUGACUACUGGCCUGCCACUUCUCACCAUUCAACAGUGUACGCAACAGAUGUCCUUUUUUCUUUUGAAGAGCUGAAGAUGGCAGCACCAGGGCUGUCUAGCCAAGCAUUUCUUAGAAUGCUGGAUCAACGUACUGUUCGCUUUGGCCGUAGCGGAAACAUCACAGCAGACAGCUUCCGUAAAAGCUUCUUCGAGUGGGAGGCUGUCCGAUUUGAAGUGGACAAAUUAUGCCUGGUGGACCACUUUGACUGCCCAGCAUGCAGCCCAGACAUGCUUGCAGUAUCUGUUGAUGGAAACCGCAAGCACUACAGAUUCAAGAGUGCAGCAAGAUCGGAGGAACAAGCCAUCUUUGAUGGCGUGUUCAUCGCGAAUGAUGACGACGUUGGAAGAUUUGUUGACUACGUCCAUACCUCAACCAGUCAUGUCUCUGGAAGAGGUGUCUGUGGAGGGCAGUGGUCAGCUGCGCGUGAAACAUCUCAGAAGUCGUCAGGAAAAACAGAUGAGGAGGGCCUGGAACUUGCGUGUGCCGUCAUGGGGUUCUCCGUUACGUUCCCCUCAAUAUGUUCAGGGGAGAUUUUUGCCUACCCCUGUACCUCCAAAAGCAAAUGGCCUGUAAGCCAGUGA